UCCGUAUCCAUAAUUAAGUUCAGACUGCGGGAUUUUUAAAGAUUUAUUUUUUCAAUAUUUAUAGUGUUCGAUACAACUGUAUUCAUUUGAAACCAGUUUUAGCUAAGUUUCAGGUUUCUUGCAAUGGACACUGAAAAUGAGGAUCCAUUUAUGUCAGAAGAGGAUUUGCCUGCUACUCAAGUGGUUGAUGACAGGAUUUUGAAAGAUGUUGUUGCCUAUGCUGAGGUUAGGUCAGGCCAUGAUAACCGUACAGAGUCUGUGAGACGUGAGCUGGAACAGCUAGGAGCCACAGUUGUUAAGAAGUUUGAGGAUAAUGUCACUCAUGUUGUGCUCAGGGAGGGUAGCAAACGUACAAUCAACAAGGCCAAGAGGAAAGGAGUGCACCUUGUCUCUGUUCUCUGGGUUGAAAAUUGUAGACUAAACCAGGAACAUGUCUCAGAGAGGAUGUAUCCAGCGAUUGUACCAAGCCUCAAGGGAACUCCGCUGCUCAGGACAAAACUUAAGAAAGCAAAGUCAAUGCAGCCAUUGGACUUUGAAGAAGAGCUUGCCAGCAGCACAGAGCGGCUUAAACGUAAACGCACACGCCUUGAGAACAUGAACAAGCUGCUGUCUAACGGAGACACCCCUCGCAACUCACCACAUAUGGAGAUUCUAGCUUUCGACACACAGCCACGCUCUCCGGAUGAGAACUAUGUGCUGACCCCCAUUCGUCUGACGAUCCCCGACACCCCGCCCAGCAUGAGGGAAUGGAAGAAAAAAGUACUGAUGGCAAGGGAAGGUCAGGAUGGAGCUGGUGGUGAUCAAGGCUCAGUGACCAGCAUGUGUGAUGAUGAAAGUGACAUUGAGAGACUAGCCAUCCUCAAACCGAUCCAGAAAACACUCUUUGAUGGAGAGGAGAGUGGUCCAGAGUCAGUGGACGACGACAUCCAUCGCUAUGCCAGCAGCAUUAACCAGACCUUGAACAAGAGCAACCAGUCAAGUCCGGACACUUCAUUACAUCUUCUUGACUCACAGGAGAUUGCUAGUGUGGUCAAAACUGGUGUGAACUGUAGGGCUUUUGGGAAUGCGGUUGAUGAUGUUGUUAAAGAGAUUGCAGAUGUUGAUGGUCUAACAGUAGGGGGUGAUGAUAAUUGUGAUGGUGAAGGAGAUGGAACUGAAAGAACUGAGGCUGGUUUGACUAAGCUGAAAGGAAAAGAAUUACUACUAAAUGAUAUUGAAACUGCAAAUAGGUCUUUAAUAGAAGACAGGGUACGAAAUUGUUAUAAUUUUGAAAAUGAUGGUUCAGAGUUUGGUAGUGAAAAGAAGAGGCAUAAUGCCCAAUUUUGUAGUACCCAAAACAAAAAACAUGUUCCUUAUAUUGAUAGUGAUGCAACUGACAUGUCUCCAAUAGUUUGUAGAGUGAAUGGUAUUGGACAUAUUGGGAAGGAACUUAAAAAUAUCUCAGAGAAAGUUCGACACAGCAGUGUAAUGAAACUGCAUAGUAAUGGACACUUUGAUGAAAUUGAAGGUUUUGGGAAUAUUUCUCCAGUGGUAGCUAGGGCGAAGGAUAAAUUUGUGCCAAAUGAAGGGAGAACUCUUUGUGACACAGGUGACCAAAAAGGUUUGUCAGAUGGUGCUGAAGUGAUACAUGAAGAGGAUAAGACUGCAGCAAAGAAAAAUCAGAAAAAUGCUCGUAGGAAAACUAAAGUUGAUUUUGAUCACACAGCAGAUCAUAAUCAAAGUGUUGGAGAAUCUGGCAAACUGCAGAAAAAUAAACAGAAAAGUACAGAAACCUUAUCGGAAAACACGAAGCCAAAUAGAAGAAAGUCGAGGAGACUGUCCAUUAAACAAGUGAUGGAGUCUUUAAAUGAGACAGAUAGUGUUGGCAAUACUCCGGGUGAAAAUUGUGAUAGAAUGGACAGUGGAAAUGAUUCCACAAAAACAAGCAAAGAGAUGGAUUGCGAUAUUGAGCGUCUUAACAGUUCUGUGAAAGGACAGUUGUUGGAUGACAUCAUUCAUUCAGAUCGAGCACAUUUAUUAGCUCAAAGAGGUGAGACAAUGAAGAAAACUUUUGAAGAUGAGUCUAAAGAUAAAGAAGUGGAAGAUAAGGAGCCUAAGUUAACCAAGUAUAAAGGAAAUUUGGAAGGUCACUUGGAAGAUACUUAUGAAAAUGUUGUGAAAGCUAAAGGGCCUAAGUUUACAAAAUCUAAGUCUGCAUCAGAUUUGGCUUGUCCUGAGCCAAGUAGAAGAAACAGUAGGAGUAGAAGGAGUGUUUGUGUUAAAGGAACGGGUUUGGUUAAUGAGGAGACAACUGUACAAAACAGUAAAGAUGGUGUAACUAAAGGAAUGCCCCAGAAAGGAAGAAAGAAAAAAUUGAUGUCUUUGACGGAUCUAACAGACCAGCAUUCGGUUUUGGUUGAUCCGAAGAAGAGUUCAGACACUGAUAAACCUCUGGAGUCUUGUAAAGAAAAUAAUGGAAAGGGACGGAAAAAUGUGAUGAGCAAGAAGACAGAUGCUAAUGAAAUUGUGAUUAGUUGUGAUAGUGUAUAUCCUAAUGAAACUGCUCAUAAGGGUAAGAAAGGUGGCAAAAGAAAAAGUGUAGACACUUCUGUUGAAGAAGCUGAUGAAAGUUCACCUAGUAAUGAUAAACCUAAGAGAGGUAGAAGGAAGAAGGCUGUCAAAGAUUCAAAAGCUGGGGUCAAAGAUGAUGUGGAUGAUAGUAAAUGUAAUAAAACCUCAGGUAAUAAACGAUCCAGCUCAGCUAAACCUGAUCCUGGAAGAACCAACAAAGCAAAUAAAAGAAAAGAUUUUCAGGUCAAUGAUACUCAUAUUGAAGAUGAUGAGGAUAAGAGAAAAUCUGGAAACGAUUCCUUACAGCCAGGGCCUAUAACAAAAAUCCAUGAUGUAACAACACAGCUCAAUUUGACCAAGGAUAAUAGCUUGGUGUGCUCUAUUAGAGAGACAACAUUAUCCAUGUCAAUGUCAAGGGCGUAUAAUGACUCAGAUGUUUCAACACUUCUAAGAAAUCCAAGGCGGAGUGUGGAUGAGUUUAACCUGUCACGAAAACAGAAUAAGAAACAAAAAGUUGGGAAAAGAUCUGUGUUAAAUACAAUAAACGAACCUGACUCAAAUUACAGUACAGCCUCUGAGUCGGACCAUAGUGUUGGAGGAGGAAAGAGGGUUCGACUGAACAGCUCUGGGAAAGUUAUCAGACCGUCGCUCGUCAUGACUAACCUACAUUCUCAUGAGCAAGAUGUCAUCAUAUCGGUUGUGAAGAAGCUAGGUGGAUUUGUGAUAUCCGAGUCUGUGAGCGACACGACCAGCCAUGUGAUAUGUGGGGAGGCAAGACGUACACUCAAUGUGCUGCAGUGCCUUGUUAGAGGGUUAUGGCUUGUCACAAAGGAAUGGGUUUUACUUUCCCUAGAGGCAGGACGAUGGAUUGAAGAACAGGAGUUUGAGGCCCAUGAAAUUUACCCAUCGUGUAGGGUGAGCAGAUUGGAGCGUGAGAGGUCGCCAGGGUUCUACCGUCAGUCCUUAUUCUCCUCAAUAGGUCCUGUAUACAUUUCUGGUAGGGCCAGUCCACCCCGUCAACACCUCGUACAGUUCUUAAAGCUUGCAGGUGGCCAGGUGACUGGGAACCGUGAGAGGGCAAGUGUGUAUGUAGGCAGUGACUUCCACCCUGGUCUCACGUGUGUAAAACCCAGCUGGAUACUUGACUCAAUUACUGCUCACCAACAACAGCCAUUGGACAGAUAUCUCCUGGACCGGCCGAAACGAGAGAGCAGUCCGGUCUACUAAUUAGUAGCUCAUCACGGUUUACCAACAACAGCCACUUGACAGAUAUCUCCUGGACCGGCCAAAACGAGAGACAUUCUAGUCUACUAAAUAGUAUUUCAUCACAUUUCACCAACAACACUUGACAGAUAUCUCCUGGACAGACCGAUCAAGAGAGUAGUCCAGUCUACUAAAUAGUACUUCAUCACUGUUAACCAACAAUAACAAUUUGACGGAUUUCCUGGACAGACCGAAACGGCUAACUCUUUUGGCUAAAUAUCAAAUAAAUGACUCUAUCACAUAUGGAAUUUGUACAUAUUUUUUUCAAUAGCAUUUUUUAGCUGAAUGUCGAAUGUUCAUUUAAAAACAAGAGUGACUUUCAAUGGGCCGAUUGUUAAGUACAUUAUUAAAAUAAACAAUGUGACCUCAUUGUUAACUUUUAAAUGUGAAAUAUUUUACAAUGUGCUUAUAUAUUUGAAUAUAAACAAGUACACCUUAACAGUUGCCUCAAAUCUUGUUAGAAAUACUGCAGAUCACAAGUGUAUCAAUUAAAUUUUCAGAGCAGUGAAGAUUUGAAAGUUAACAACGAUGACGUUAACAACGUAGUUAACUUACACAAAGUUCUCAACAAUCGGCCGAAUGUCUCUCGAAUGGGCUUGACAAUUGUUAAUGUUUGUGAAAUUUGUGACCUUAUGUGUUUGAAUUCUUAAUGCAUGGUACAGAAUUUCAACUCGGUCAUAAUUGCCAAUAUUUGAUAUGAAAUAUUUUCACAUGUCAUAUGAUUUUUCUGAAUUAUUUAAUGAUAGUUGCUGUUCUUUCUGAAAAUAAUUAUUGAAUGUUUUCUUAUUUAUUUAAAUAGUAAAUUUUUAAUUCAUAUAAAUCAAAAUCAAUUAAAUGAAUUGUGUAGGACAUUUUUAAGGCAGCCAUGCGCAAAAUACAUCUUUAAGGGCCUUCCACUGUGCAAAAUUGGGUUGGGGUAAGGACUCUACAUCUAAAUCUUUCAAAUUUUCAUGUUUUUUCAGGAACAAUCUUGUUUUAAAGCUGCAUUCUCACAAAUUGACAGUUUUGACUUUCUUUUAAUUUUUGUCUUAGAAUCAGCUGAUUUUUGCACGCCUUCGAUUCAGUCAUAUAACAUGACUCACAAUAGAACAGAUCUCAAUUUGUAGGGAAAACUGCCGAAAAAUAAUUAAGCCAUAAAACAUCAAUUUUCAAACGUAAAUAUGAAUAACUGUGAUCUGAUCUUUUGCCAAUGGUAUCAAGACAUUUACACAAAAACUAGCACAUUCCAAGACAAAAAAAUUAAAAAGAUGUCAAAACAGUUAAAGCUUUGAGUGUAUAGCUAUUUAAACACACAUUCUUUGCAGUAUGUUUUGCUCCAGAGUGCCCAAUCAACAUCGUCUUAUGGUUUUCUUGGUAUCUUUUCAAAUAUAAAGUAUAUUCAAGGAAAUAGUCAAUUAUAAUGAAUUUGUUUCAUUUUAUGGUUACAAAAAUCUUCAUACAUUUAUUGAAAAUGCCAAUGCCAAAAGAAUAUAGAGAUUUGGAUUUUAAAGAAACCACACACUAUUUAAAUUUUUUAUCACAUGUUAAUUUAAGUUUGAAUCUAUAGUAGUACAUAAAGUGUUAGCAUGGAAAUAAUUUUAUAUUUAUAUUUAUGUAUCAAUAUAUCCUUUCAAUAAGAUUUCAGGAGAUUUUUUUUCGUGUUUUUGAUGUACAUGAUCAUUUUCUCAGACAUCUUUCUUUUAACGGAAUAUUGUAAUGUAUGGACUAACGAAUUGUAAAGAGUAAUCAGUAUACGAAUU